UUAGAUAUUCUGAGUCCGGCUUAUCCAGUCAGUCAGUCAGUCGGUCUGGUAGAACUGGAAGCUGCGUGUUUGUGGAUCGUGUGCUCUCAGGUGUUGAAGAGAUGCAGACGGAGCGUGCAAAGAGGAUGGACUCUGCAGGAGAAGAAGCGCCCCUGAAUUCACCUGAGCUGCCCUGGAACCAGCUCUAUUUGAAGAGAAGGACCGAGUCCAGGAUCCAGUUAAGGAGGAGAGUGUGCUUCACUGGCCCUGCUGCUGCUGUUACCGGGGUAUUGGCAGUCCUCAUACUGGCUGCUGGCAGUGUGAGCAGCGACAGUGAGUUUGUGAAAGUCCCGAGCUCAGUGAACUGUACUGAGGGGCAGGACUGUAUCCUGAGCUGCACCUUCAACUACACAGCUGGGGGCUGGGAUGAGAAGUCAGGUGUGAUCUGGAGACAAGCAGAAACGGACCACAUCGUUCACAGUUACUAUAACAACACAGACCAGCUUGCCGGUCAGUUCCCUCAGUAUGUGAACAGGACCAGCUUGUUUGAUUCUGAGCUGCAGCGCGGGAACGCAUCACUGCUGCUGAGGAGAGUCAGGGAGGAAGAUGCUGGGAAAUACACGUGCUUCGUUAAGGGUACUAGACUGUCCGGGUCGGGCCUGACUGAGGUAGUCGUGGUUCCGGCUCCACCCACAACAGCACCAGCUCAUGUGACAGUCCCGAUCUCAGUGAAGUGUACUGAGGGGCAGGACUGUAUCCUGAGCUGCACCUUCUACUACACAGCUGGAGGCUGGGAUGAGAAGUCAGGUGUGAUCUGGAGAAGAGCAGAAACGGACCACAUCGUUCACAGUUACCAUGACAACACGGACCAGCUUGCCGAUCAGUUCCCUCAGUAUGUGAACAGGACCAGCCUGUUUGAUUCUGAGCUGCAGUGCGGGAACGCUUCACUGCUGCUGAGGAGAGUCAGGGAGGAAGAUGCUGGAGAAUACAGGUGCUUCGUUUCCACUCCUAGACUGUCCGGGUCGGCCCUGACUGAGGUAGUCGUGGUUCCGGCUCAACGACACCACUGGUGGGGUUUAGGAGCAGUUCUUCUUUGUGUGAUUGCAGGGCUCUGUGUCAGUCUGUGGCUCUAUAAAAACACACAGGUCACAGCUGGAAAUCCAACAAGGCUUCUAGUCCAGCACAGGCAGUGCCGUUAUCAGCCGUGAUCGAGGAGCCCAGUGAAGUCUGACCGCUCCCCUGCACUGCUCAAUAUACCCAGUUUAAUACAAGUUCCCAAAACGAAAUAGUCACUUUGAAUUAGAAAACGUGAUCAGUGUUGAAGAGAAAUUUUAAAAAUCCCAUUGUUUCCCAAGACAAUUGAACUAUAAUCUGUACUCUCGUUGUCUUUGCACGAUAUCAGAACAAUCCAGCAAAUAGAUACAGUAGUUUAUUCAACAUGACAUUAACCUCUUCAGCUCCAGGAUGCACAUCAAAGGAAAGAGCACUUGCAUUACCAUGCUUUUAAAAUUAACUAUAAAAGCAAUAAGUAUUAGCUUUAUCAAAACAUAUGUUAUUUAUUGUUCAGCCUCAAACUUGUACAUUUGAUAAGCAUGAACAAACCAUGGAAAAUGAGCCAGCAAAGCAUCUUCAUUGCAAAACAACCUCUUGAAAUACUAUUAAUAGGAAAAUAAGGAAUCUGUGUAAAUAUGAAGAAAUAAGUUUAUACUGUGGGCUCACAACACACUCACAAUGCUUAAACUGGUAAAGACAUAAAUAUUUCCAAGCCUUAAAAAACGUGCAACAAUAUUCACAGUAUAACUCUAUGUAACAGUUUUUUGUUAAUAAAAAUUACAUUUGUCUAUUUUGUAGUAUCAGCUAUUCUUGCAGCAGUUCUUAGUUACCUGGUUAAUUGUUUAAGUGCUUUUAUUGCAAAGCUCUGGUUCUCAUUUAAUUAAUUAGCUUUGUUUCAUUAAGCCAUUUGACCAAUUUCUUGAUAACCGGCUCCUGACUGGUUUAGAGAAGCAGUUUUUGUGGAGAGAGAAGGGUGUGGCGUUUGUUAGAAACCUAUUCUAAUCGACUGUGUUUUGAAGAAGAAAGAGAACACUCAGGAAAGAAAGAGUAUCUAAGACUUUAAUCCUGAUUAUAAUUAACUUCUUGAGCUGAGUUUAUUUUUGUCUGCCCUGGGCAAGGACAGUUUCAAUGAGGACAUUAUUUCUUUCUCUUUUUGGACCUUUGCAUUGGUUUUGGGUGAAUUCUGCCCUGUGGAGACGGCCUCCAGUUGGACUAUUUGUUCUUCAUAUCGAUUGCACAUAUUUAUUUUCAUUGUGAAUGUGUUUUUCUUUAUUUGAUUUCUUUGGCAGACUCACACCCAGUAUUUCUAUUUCUGUUUUGUUGUUCUCCACACCUCAAAACACAUUUAUCACAGUGAUUCCUGUCUUACUCUGCAUUUUUGUAUUGGUUUCUAGGACUCAGCUCACCUGCCUUUUAAUUGUUUGUAUUUAUAGGUAGGAAUACAAUUUCUAUCAACUACUUAAAAUAAUUGAUUUUCCGCCCGAGUUGAGAUUGUUUACAAUUUUACUUUUUACAAAAAAAAUGUUUUUUGAUUCUUUUUUAUGCUUAAUUUUGUAUGUGGUGUAAAUAAAAAAUAUUUAAAAAAUCUUGAA